UAUUAUUAAACCAGUAAUUUGCAACACUCGAAAUCACACAGCUAGGUAGAAUCAUAAUAUAUUUGGUUCAAAACUGAAUUCGGUUACUUCACUCCGACAGUUCUAGUUACCGAGUAGUUACAUUAGUUGUUUGAAAAGCAGUGAAACAUGACGUUCCUAAGUUUCGUUAAAUCACACAAGAAAUUACUGAUUAUCACUCUAAUUUCAACUGUAGCAGUAGUACUUAUUUUGGCGGCAAUUUUGAUCUAUUUUGUGUCAGUUGAGGAAAUAAAUAAGGCUGCUGUGGUAACCAAUGGUCAUGGUUGUUCCCAGAUAGGCAUAAAUAUAUUGGAAAAAGGAGGAAAUGCAGUCGAUGCUGCAAUUGCAGCACUGUUUUGCGAAGGAGUGGCCAUGCCACAAUCUAUGGGAUUGGGAGGUGGAUUUCUGAUGACAAUCUAUAAUAGAACAACCGGGGAAGCAUGGUCACUCAAUUCCAGAGAAAGGGCUCCAGCCGCUGCUCAUCAGGAUAUGUUUCAUGGAAAUGCUGAUCUCUCACUUAAUGGUGGGUUAUCCGUGGCUGUACCAGCUGAACUAAGAGGUUAUUGGAUGGCCUACAAAAAAUUUGGUGGUGACGUACCUUGGAGAGAUUUGGUGCAGCCCACUAUAGAUAUGUGUAAAAACGGAAUAUUAGUCACACCAUAUGUAGGUAAUGUACUGAGAAAUUAUAAGGAGUCAUUAUAUGCUGAUAAAGUUUUGAGGGAGAUCUUCAUCAAACCGGAAACAAACGACACUUAUUCCGAAGGAGAGUAUUACACCAGACCAAGAUUAGCCAGAACUCUAGAAAUAAUAGCAGAGGAAGGUGGGAAUGCGUUGCACAAUGGAUCACUCACGGAAGCUUUCGUGCAAGAUAUCAGAGAUCAUGACGGUAUAAUAACGGUGGACGAUCUUAAAAAAUACACACCGGAAUGGAGUAAACCAGUCACCUCUACUAUCAAUGGAAAUCAUAAUCUGUACUCAUCUCCUGUUCCUGGUUCUGGAGCAAUUUUGGCUUUCAUCAUGAAUAUUUUGGAUGGCUUCCUGAACGAAUCAAAUCCGUUUUCGAUUGUUAAUUAUCAAAGAAUAGUUGAGAGUUUCAAAUUCGCCUACGCCAAAAGAACUGAAUUAGGAGACGAGAAAUUUGUGCCAAACGUUAAAGAACUUGUCCGUAACCUGACGAGGAAAGAUUUCGCAGAGAGUAUCAGAUGGUUGAUUCAUGACAACAGUACUUCCCAAAAUGGUUCGUAUUAUGGAGCUACCAGUUCGUUAGUGGAAGAUCAUGGUACUGCACAUAUAUCAGUACUGUCUUCAACCGGCGAUGCUGUUGCAGUCACAAGUACUAUUAAUUAUGUGUUUGGUGCUGAAUUUGCAUCCAAUAGUACAGGGAUCAUCCUCAAUGACCAAAUGGAUGACUUUUCUUCACCUAAUAUAACAAAUGUUUAUGGAGUCCCUCCCUCUCCCUCCAACUACAUAGUUGGUGGCAAAACACCAAUAUCAUCUAUGUCUCCAACGAUUAUUGUUGACGGUAAUGGCGAUGUACAAAUGGUGGUGGGCGCAGCUGGUGGUAGCAAAAUUACGACAAGUGUUGCCCAGGUGAGAAAUGGCUAGUUCAAAUUCAAAAAG